AUGCCAGAGCCGCCAUCCACGUCGCGCAUGGCAAACACGACCCGCACAACACGAACCAACACGACGCGUGCGCCGCGGAAGCGCAAGGAGUACGUUCCUGAGCCGCGGUCGGGCGCACAUGGACUUCUUGUGGGACUGUACACGAAAGCAGUGGAAGAUGGUAACGACGACGCACAGAUUGGCAAGGCCGAACUGAUUGCGCGCGCCCAGCCCUACUGCGACAGUGACUAUUCUGUGCCAGGCGGCGGCUCGCGCUCCUCUUUGCCUUCGUCACUCGCGCACCAGGGCGGAGGAAGCCAAAACUUUCAGGCGCGCAGGUCGUAUAUUACCGCCUGGAACGCGAUGAAAACACUCAUUGACAAGGGCUACGUAUACCGUACAGGGAAUCCGCCGCGUUUCUUUUUGAGUGAGCAAGGUAUGACGAUUGCGCGCGUGCUGGCCGAAGCCGAAGGACUGGGUCAGCCGAACGCUGAUGACGCGCAAGAGGAGCCGACGCCGGCCGCGACUCUGCCCGCUACAGAGCCAGCCACCCAGCCAGAGACCCAGCCUUUUUCCACACAAUCCGAACCCUUGCAGAUACCCACCCAAACGCAAGAAGAGCCGAUUGCACGACCCCAGCAACGGCUAUACCUUCCCCCACGCAAGCAUAUACUAGAGCGCACCGAGCCUCGGACGUGGAAGCGGACGACGUCGGCCCAGUCUGGCCUCUCUGUGCAGGACAGCAUCGACGUCGAGGAUAUGGAGCCUCACAAUGUCGUGGUCGACCUCGUCCAGUCAUCGCAAGAGGAUGUCUUUGUCGCAAGUGAGCCGCGCGCGCGUUCGCCCGAGCUACGCCACGCAGGGCCGGUCCGCAUCAGUAUCUCGCUGAUCGAUUCCUCACCGGUGAUCCAGCACCGGUUCAGCUCCAGCCCUGUUGUAGCGAGCUCGCCUUUGCGACAGACACGAUACGAAGCGCCGCCCAGCUCGAGUCCGUGCGCACGCACACUCGAGGUGCCUGCUGCGCCUGAGCCUCGGCAGCUGCCCCCACCUCGGCAGCUGCCCCCACCUCGGCAGCUGCCCCCACCGCGGCAGCCGCUUGGGUGUCAUGUCCUUCCUGCCCAUUCCUUCACGGUGCACUUGAUCAUGGACCACCGCGAAGUGCGUGCACGGCACACCCAGAGCGCCGGUUCGGGCCGGCGUGUCACAUUUGAAGAGGCAAUGGAACGGCGUGGCAUUCCUUGUGAGCUCCGCGCAUUAGAGCUCGGCGAUAUUCUAUGGGUUGCGCGGCCCAAGCCUGACAAUCCGCCAGACGUUGCCGAAAAGUGGGCCCUGGUCCAAGAGGUGGUGCUCGAUACGGUAGUCGAGCGCAAGCGCCUGGAUGAUCUUACGUCGAGUAUCUUUGACGGGCGUUGGCACGAGCAAAAGCAACGCCUGCGCACGUCCGGCAUGGGCCACGUAUUCUACCUGAUUGAGGAUGUCGAUGUCGCGAAUAUUGUGCAGCGCCACGGUGACCGUAUCCAGACGGCGCUGAGCAGUACACAGAUCAUCGAUGGGUUCUACGUGCACCGCACGGCCAAUGGCGAAGGCACAGCCGAUUUUCUCGCCAGCAUGCACAAGACGCUGGAAGAGCAGUAUGCAAGCCAAGCGCUGCAUGUGUUACGCGAGGAAAUGAUCGACCGUGACCACUACGACGAGAUGCAGGCGCAGUUCCGGGCUGCGCAUCCCAGCACGCCUUUUCUGACCGCCUUUCAUACUUUUCAGUCGCUGCACGGCAAGUCGAGUGCGGCGGGGACAUUACAAGAUACGUGGACGAAGAUGCUUUUGUGUGUCCGGCGUAUCUCUCCCGAGAAAGCGCAAGAGAUCGUGCAGCGAUGGCCGACGCCCCACCACCUCUACCGGGCAUGGGCGGCGUACGAAACCGAGGCGCCACAGACCAAGACGGUGCCUGCGUUUCUGAGCACGGUCAUUGACGACGAGGUGUUUGUGGCGCGCCGCAAGAUCGGCAAAGCACUGAGCGAGCACGUGUGGGAUCUGCUGCGCUCGAUUGAUUAUGUACAAUAG